CUGUGGCUGCCCAUCGUCCAGGUGGUUAAUUGUUUUUUUCGGAAAUCGGUUUAGGUGGUUUUUUCAAUGCCCCAGGAAGAAGACAACAUUAUGCGAUCACAGAAAGGUGCCAGGCCUACCGGUACAGAUGGUAGCGAUUUCUGGCACAGGGAAAGUAUCGCGUGGCAAUACAAAAUAAGUACAAUCAACAAGUCUCGUCUAAAGCUGGACAUGCUAAUCCAUGGGAUCAUGUCAUUCUUCAUGCUGAUCCGCCUUUUGCCCGCCAUCUUUGCAUUUUGGGGAAUCCCACAGCCACAGUUCAUGAAGAGAUGGCGGUUCCCACCACCUAGACCAUGGGAAUUUGCAUGGUUCGUCAGCACUGUCGCUAUUGUAUUUGGCUGGAAGGCCAUUCCUAGAAACGUGACUGUGUUACUAAAGCAGUACAUCAUCGGUACUGUGGUGUUUGGCUUACUGCCUGUCCUAUAUGGAAUAAUAGAGCAGUUCGAUGACUUACUCGGUUAUUUGGAUAACAAGAAAUUAGCGCUGUAUUUUUUCACCUACCCAGCUGUGCUGGUGUGGUAUAUGUUUUUGGCUAUUGCAGCUCAACUGCAUAUGUUUGGAAUAUAUUUCUCCAUUCGUCUUCUUCGGGCAUGGAAGGCGAGUGAAUCAAAACCUAAACUGCGGUAACAGAUGAAGAUGGCUCUGAACAGGGAAGAGUCUAUCCCUUAACAGCAUGCGGUUAAUUGAAGGAGGGAUUCGCCAUUUUCGAGCUGCCCCAUGCUACCAGUUCCCCUGCUUGUGUUGUGUAAUUUUUGUGAAGUAUUUGAAGAGAUGUCCAAGCCCGAUGUUGAAUGACACAAAAUUUCCUACGUGUAGGAUGCUAUAAAAAAUCAUCCGAGUAAGAACUUUGUUUUAUUACUGGUUGUUUGGUGUGUUCUAUUCAUGAAACACAAAUUUUCCCCAUCACAUCACAUAAAUCUGUUUAUAUCCUAGGUCAUGUUUGUUAUAUCAUUCAAUGUAUAAUUAUUAUUUUUUUUUUAUCUUGCUGCAGAAGAAAAUCUAUACUGACUGCGAAUACAUGUGUAAAGCAAAUUAUGUUGUCCUUCUAAAGACAUUUGGUAGCUGGCUACCUGUUGCAAGACAUCUUGUAACUUAUAUGUUUUUCAACAAAUCAUUUAUGCAUUUUUUUGCACAUUUUGAUGGCGUGAUCUUUCUUCAAGAUGUAAAAUGUAAAUACAUGUGUUCUCAAAGAAAUCAACUGUGCAAGCUGCUUAGAUGUUCUUGAAAUUGAAUUUGAGGUGGACCGAUAAAUCAGUUACCAACUGAGCUUCCAGUAACCUCCACAUGAACGAUCCUUGAAAAUCUUGCAAACAUUUUCUUUCAUUGAUGGGGUCUCUGUAUUAAAAGUUUGCCAAUGACCAUAUGACUGGAUACAAGUAAGGAGUCUAGUUGAGUCAUGUCGUGAUUUUACAUCUAUGAAUGCUUAUGAAUUAACACAGCAAAUGGGUUGAAUUAAAUCUGAAACUUGCAAGUAUGCUAAGUUAUUAUAGACUAGAGUAGGGUGGAAGUUUGAGUUAUGAAACCGUGUGCAUACUUGCACUUCAGCACAUAGGCUACUGUAAGGCUGCAUGCAACAAACUUCAGUCAUCUCAGUACUUGUUUUAAUUAUUUCUUUUUGUCUUGUAUGCUGUUUUUUUUUUCAUGAAAUGAUUGUACCAUUGUUUCUUUUUACACCAUAUUAUGCUUUGCUGGCAUAAUGCAUCUCCUCAUUUUAAAACAAGUGAGAUUUAAGUUUUUUUCUUCAUGAAUGAAAAUUACAUGCAGAAUGUGUAUGGAAAAAGGUGUCCCCACAUGUAGUUAUAUGCUUUACCACAACAUAAUUAUACAAAAAAAAACCCCCAGUUUCCCUAUUCUCUGUAGUUUGUACAUGUAUUAGUGGUAACUACAAUUAAUAUGUUGCAAAUCAAAAUUUCCUUCGGAUUGGAUUGUUUAAACUUUUAACUAGUUAAUUUACUAUCACAUAU